CUUCGAUCUACCAAGCAACCUCCUCUCUCAAUCCCUUUUGGUUUACCCAUAGCCUCUAAAUUCUAACUUCGAUCCGAUCUCGCGGAUUUAGGGUUUUUGAAGAAAGAUUCGAUCUUUGGGGAUUUUGAAAUCUGAGAGUAAAGAAUGGCGGAAUCAGGAGGUGGAGGAGGAGGAGGAUGGCGUGAUAGUUAUAGAGGAAUGUCAUCUGAUAACAUCAAGGGUUUGGUGUUGGCUAUCUCUUCUAGUUUGUUCAUCGGAGCUAGCUUCAUCGUCAAGAAGAAAGGUCUUAAGAAAGCUGCCACCACCGGCACUAGGGCAGGUGUUGGUGGCUACUCUUAUCUUUAUGAGCCUCUUUGGUGGAUCGGCAUGACAACCAUGUUACUUGGUGAGAUUGCCAACUUUGCUGCUUAUGCAUUUGCGCCGGCUAUACUUGUCACUCCUCUAGGUGCACUCAGUAUCAUCAUCAGUGCUGUCUUGGCUCAUAUUAUAUUACGGGAGAAACUACACAUCUUUGGAAUUCUAGGCUGUGCCUUGUGUGUUGUUGGUUCCACGACCAUUGUACUACAUGCUCCUCAAGAACAAGAAAUUGUUUCCGUGCUUGAAGUUUGGAAUCUUGCAACUGAACCUGCAUUCAUGUGCUAUGCGAGUAUUAUCAUCGGGGCUGCGGUUUUCCUUAUUAUCCGUAUUGUGCCCCAAUACGGGCAGACAAACGUAAUGGUCUACAUCGCUAUUUGCUCGCUUGUGGGAUCAUUGUCGGUGAUGAGCGUAAAAGCACUUGGAAUAGCACUAAAGCUGACAUUCUCUGGAACAAAUCAGCUGUUUUAUCCUCAAACUUGGGUUUUCACCUUGGUCGUACUUACCUGCGUGAUAACACAGUUGAACUACUUAAACAAGGCUCUUGACACAUUCAAUACAGCUAUAGUAUCUCCUAUAUACUACGUAAUGUUCACAUCACUAACUAUAUUAGCCAGUGUUAUCAUGUUUAAGGAUUGGGAUAGGCAAAACGGUACUCAAAUUGUCACAGAAAUGUGUGGAUUCGUUACAAUACUUUCAGGCACUUUUCUUCUCCAUAGAACAAAGGACAUGGUUGAGGGUUCAUCAGUAAUAUUACCAUUGCGGAUAAGCAAGCAUGCCAAUGAGGAUGGGUUUGAAUCAGAAGGCAUUCCACUUAGACGCCAAGAAUCUCAUAUGUCAGCUUAAAAGCUGUUUAUUGCUUUGUUUUCCGGUCUACUGCAGUCCAGAGAGCCUCAACAUUUUUUUCGACUUGUCUUGAUCUACAUACCAUGGUUCUUCGGUCCUAUCAAUCACAGAUGGUUCAAGAAGAUCAGGCAAGUAAAAAUGGAGCAAAGUGGACGAUCAGAUCACCUUCUUCUCGGUAAAUAUGCUGUGAAUUCAAUCAAAACUUACGGCAUUAGCAUACACCCACGCAUAAACCCUUUUAGUGACCUUUGAGAAGAAUUUUUUUUUUUUUUAAUUAUAAAACAGAGAUGGGUUUUGCUUAAAAGUGAAGGUUUUCAAUUCAAUAUUUGAAUCUUUGAUUGUUUUUUUUUUUAUAGUUCUGAUUUCUCCCUUGGUUGGUUUAAAGUAUUUGGAAGAAAAAUGAAAAUGGAGACUUUGAAAGUUAAAAAGAUUAGUCAAUUUGUUUGAAGAAAUUCAAGUACAUGGGUUCUGAA